AUGGCCAGGCUGCUAACAGGUGAAAGGGAGAUCGAGCAGGCCCGAGUUAUCUCGGCCGUCCACACCCCCCACUCCAGCUCCGAGCUUAAUUUCCCCCGGUUCCCCCGGUUCCCCCGGUUCCCCCGGUCCCCACGCGGCGCAUCUAUCGGCGACAUGUAUGUGGACCCGAGCGCCAUCGGCCUCAUGGCCCGCGACGGCGCCGCCGCCGCCGCCGCCGCCAUCGACUGCCGCAGCAACUUCGCGACCGACUACUACGGGCUCGGCGUGCGGCUGGGCGUCUACUUUGCCUGGGGCGCCUCCUGGAUCGCCAACACGAUCGUGCCGAGCGAGUUCCGGCCGGCGGCCGACACCAGCACCAUCUUCCUGUUGGCGCUGCUCAUCGCCAUGGCUAAUGACAGCAUGACGCGCGCGCUCAGCAACCUCGACGGCCUGAUCUUGAUGCACCUGUGCGGCGGCACCGUGUUCGGCGUGCUCAGCCUCUGGGGCUACCGGACCCGGCUGUACCUCAACCAGGGCCCGCGCGCCGUGCGCGCCUUUGGCGGCUUCGGCACGCACAUCCGCCUCGUGCUGAGCCUCGGCGUAAGCAUCUUUGGUCUGUGGUUCUGGCUGUACGGCGUCAACGGCACCCUGAGCUCGCUGAGCCCCGACGACGGCUCCGAGCCGCCCAACUCCCCCGAGUGCGAGGUCCUCUACACCUUCUUCUUCGCCAAGGUCCGCGCCGCUGGGGGUAUUCGCAUCUACUACAUCAUCGUCUGCGUGUCAUGCACCGUGUGGUUCGGCAUCAUGUUCCUCGUCUCGAGUCUGGCCGGCCUGGCCAGCUUCAGCAACAUCCGCGAGCUCGUCCAGUUCAACCGCUGGGCCAACUUGAACAGGGCGAAAUACGCCACGGGCUUCAACCACAAGGAGCUCAAGCUCAUGUUCAACUCGCUGCGGGUGCUCAAUCUGUUUUGGCUGCUCUUCUCGGCCAUCACAGUCGAGAUCACGCUCAACUUCAACCACGUGCACAACGUGCUUGGCGGCGGUGACAACGGCGCCGGCGGGCUCAACCUGCCCUCCCAGCUGCUGCCGUUCCUGACGGGCUUGUUCAGCUUCAUCCGCAUUUGCUACGCGCUUUUCAAAGAGAAUUGGGGCGGCGAGAAGGAGACGACGGCAGCGACGACGACGACACCGCCAAGCGACAGCCUAGACAACAAAGAGGCGCGGGGGAUCCUGGCGCACCCGGGCGGCGGCGCGACGGGGGCAUCGGACGAGGUGGUCGAGGCCGUGGUGCUCGUGUCGCCGCGGUCCGUGUCGUUCCCGCAGAGUCAGAUGGCCUCGCCGCUGUCGCCGGGCUUCGGCGGCAACGUCCCCGGCCUGCCGCGCGCCGAUAGCUACCACAUCAUUGCGCGCUCGCUGCUGGUGCGCUACCUCGUCGGCUUCCUGCCCUGGCUCGGCAUCGUCGUCCACCCCCACACCACCAAGUCGUCCGUCAUCUCCCAUGUUGUGAGUCGCGGUACGGGGCUGAGCGGCGUCCACAACGCCACCAUCGACGAGACGAUUAUCAUGCCGGUCAAGCGCGAUGCCGAGAGCUGA